CACUGCCCGUCACACUGGAACAAAUUUGUUUUGAGCCUCGGCUUGUGAUCUCCCCGAGAAUCGGGAGAAAUGGGCACCAGGGAGCUCCCGUACUCCGUCCUUUCGCUUUGUCGCACCUGUCUUAUCCACCUGGAGCAUGGUGUUGGACAUGAUAUCUUCGUGGUUCCAGAUUUGUCCAAGAAACUAAUGGUUUGCACUUCGUUUGAAGCGGAUCAGAACGAUGGAUUCCCGAAGAACCUGUGCACCCAAUGUUUCACCAAGUUGAACGAGCUGCACGAUUUCCGGGAUCUGUGCGAAAGAUCCAUUAAGCGUCUUAGGGAAAUAGUGACUAGCCAGAGGAUUAUACCCAUGGGUGUUUUUGAACCCUUGGCUGAGGAUUCUGAGGCAACUGGAAGGCCGGAGGAGCCGGCUAGUUUUGAUCCCCUGCUAAAUCACAAGCUGGAGAUUAUUGACAACGAGGAGGAGGUCUUCAAGAUGCUGGAAAAGGUGGACAGGGAACCAGAGGAGCAUUCAAGUGGCCAAAGCCAAGAUGAUUCAUCCAGUGCAGAGGACAACGGAGUGGAGGAGGAGAAGAAGCCGUCGGAAGGGUUCACCAGUGACGAUGAACAACCCUUGGCGCAGCGUCGGAGGGUUGCGAACGAGAAGCGUAAGCUGUAUCGCCUGAUAAGCUGUCCCAUCUGCCAGCAAAAGUUCAAAAAGCAGUCAAAGUACGAGGAGCACAUGAAACACCACAAUGAUCUGUUGCCGUUUCAGUGCCAGGAGGAGAGUUGCCGCAAAGGCUUUACCACAGCCGGUGCACUGCGUCUUCACGUGGACUAUGCGCACACCAAGAAGGCGGAUGAGAUUCCUUGCACGGUGGAGGGCUGUCGAUUGGUUUUUCCCCGUCUCCGCCUGCUGACCAUCCACCUGAAGAAGGUUCACAACCAGGCGAGGGUUAGUGCUCCCCGGGUUGAACAGCCUUGCAGGGAGUGCGGCAUGGUUUUUCGUUGCCCGGUGGCUUUAAAGAAGCACAUGUACAAGCACACGGGCGAAGAGCUCCCUUAUCCCUGUAACAUAUGCGGCAAGGGCUUCCAUAUCAACAGUGCCCUAAAGAAUCAUCUUCUCCGGCAUGCAGGCAUCAAGAACUACGUGUGCCCGUACUGCGGAGUGGGGAAGACCACCCGCCAGGAAUGGAGCAAGCACAUUCUGACCCACACGCAGGAGAAGCAGUUUAAAUGCCACAUCUGCGACCAUGCCACCCACACGAAGCGGGCUCUAGAUAGCCACGUUAAGAUUGUGCACGAGAAAAUCCGGAAUUUUGCAUGCCAGUACUGUGGAAAGACUUUCGGGAAAUCCCACGCCUGCAAAAUACACGAGAUGACGCACACCGGUGAAAAGCGAUGCGAAUGCAAGGUUUGUGGCAAAAAGUUCCUGUACACGGAGAGUCUCACAAAGCACCUGAAGAUCCAUGAGAAGAGCGUGGAAAGGGCUCUGGAAACGUAUAGACAGCGGCAGGGAAAUGGCGACGCCAGAGACUCUCAUGUGGACGCGGAUCAGCUGCUGAAGGUGUGCGCCGAAUCCGUAGCCACCAUUCCUAAGGAUCCCCGCCGCGUAGAGCGAGUUGAUUUGGCCCAACUGGCUGGCACCGUAGUGAAUCCCAUUCCCACAGUUCAGAUACCAGCCAGCGAAGUGCCAGACAGAGCGAAGUUUGUGCAGAAGGAGGGUAUGCACUUGUGUCCCGGCUGCAGCCAGGGAUUUAAUAACCUAGGCAACAUGAAGCGCCACUAUAAGAGCGUCCACGAAAAGGUCAAGGACUUUGAGUGCCGCUUCUGCUCACGUCGCUUCGCCAACUCCCAGUCCCUGAAGCAACACGAGUGGAUACACACUGGUGAAAAGCCCUACGAGUGUAAGAGAUGUGGCACUCACUUUCGCCAGGAAGCGGCGCUCAUUCGUCACCAAAAAGUCCAUGACGAAAAGCCGCCGAAACCCGCCAGACCGCCGAAGGAAAUCAGCGAAAGAGCACGUGAGAAGGCCCUGCAGAAAAGUGAGCGUAGACGAAAGGUUGAGGUUCUACGGCAGGAAAUUGCGAAGGUCGCUAAGGCGGAGCUCAAGGAUUUGGAGAACCAACGGGCACUAGAGAAGCAGCAAAACACCUACGAACAGUAUCAGGCAGCGGCAGCUAGCCAAACUUGUCCAGAAUCUAAGGCGGAACCCUAAUCAGACAUA